AUGGAAGAAUCCGGGACAGAACGACAAUUGAGUGCGGUCGAUUCUGAGUAUGAUCUUCGCAAGGCAGGUAUGACAGGAAGACUUGUAUUGCAAGAAGCUUUGAUGACGGAAAACCAUCCGAUGCGACAUUUUUGCGCUGGAAACCGAUAUUCUAUCUGGGAGUAUCCACGAGAAGAGUUCGGACUUGAUCCUUUGAAAAUUCUCGACGAAUGGUAUCAGAGAAAUUAUUGUUCUCCUUGGAUGAAGCUUGUUCUUCAAGCCAACUUGCCUAUGUCAAAACUUCAAGAAUAUGCGGUUAAAUUCUUUGGCCAAAUACCUACCCGUGGACAGACCGAGCCUGGACUUCACAAGGAACCUAACGGACCACAUCAUUCUAUCUCGCUAGAAAAAAUUGUGAAAAUCGUCCCUUUUGGAGCCGAGAAAGACGCGAUGAAAAUGUAUUUUCCACUGCAAAGCUACUUGGAGAAGAUCUCCUGCGAUCCAGUUCAAUUUUUAGAGUAUGUGCUCUGUGAUCAAGGGCCUGGUUCGCUCAGUCGUUACCUCGAAGAGCGCGAUCUGGGCAAAGUGGAAGCUUUCAAAUGGGUACUGGCAUAUAUUUGUGUCAGCUUUCUGAACAAAUUGGCUUCAAAGAAUCUCAAGAAUCAAGUUAUGAUGGAUAUGCUUCUGUUCGGAAUUAGAGAUCUGUAUCAGAGCAGCCGGGAUUUCACUCUUGCUUCUGAAGUGGGAAUAGAUUGCCAAAUCCUGGGAACAAUUUUUGAUGUAACGAAGAACAACGAUCACGAUAGCUCUAUCGUUAAAAAGCCCCAUGUCACCAACGAUACUCGACCUGCCGGAAUACUCGUUUCUGGUUAUGAUUCCAAACUUCCGGAAAUAAUUCUUCGAGCUGUUAAUAUGCUCUUAAAUUUCAAAAUCGAAAACAACGAUGGUCUUGAAGAACUUGUCGAUCAAUUGCAAAGAGCUUACCAGAGUACAAUGAUAUGCGAUCCGAUCCGAGUUUGCAAUGAGCUAGGCACUCGUCUUCUGGUCAACAAUUAUUACUCGCUCCCAGAAAGACUUGAAUUUAUACAAGAAGUUGUGCUCUCAAAUCCCUCCCCAAGCGAGUUUAUGGAAGAGUUCCAUCAUUUCCAGAAAGAAUUUAUUAGAAAAUCGUUCUAUCAGGUUCAUAUCGAAGGAAACAUGACCGAAAAAGAAGCAACUAGUGUUUUUCGGCAAAUAAAAGAUCUUACAAAAGCAAAGGGACCGGGCUCUUUCAGAGUUAAAUCGACUAUAUCACCUCCGAAAAUCCGCCAUCAUCCAACUCCCAUCGCUUGUAAAGUAGCGGGCAUGAAUCCAAACUCUGAAAUGACUUUCUGCUCCCUCGCAUGGGUUCUUGGCAAACUUCAAUCAUCAAGAAAACUGUCAGCGCUUUCCACUUUCGUCCAAAGCAUGAUGCACCAGCCAACGUUUGACUGGUUGAGAACUAAAAAUGCUCUUGGUUAUAUCGCCGCUACGAGGGAGUGGUCAAGAAAUGGAAUCAAGGCAAUUGCAAUCGAAUGCAACACAAAUAUUAACCGGGUCACUGUUGAAGAAGUAGAAGCACUAAUGACCAAGUGCACAACAUUGAUAUUGAAGCAGUUCGAAGCACUCACUGAAGAGCAGUACAAAUCAUCAAAAGAAGCUUAUGUGAAACUUCUUGCUAAGCCAGCCGAAAGUAUGGACAGCUACUUUGGAGCAAAUCAGGUCGAGAUAUUUGAUGGAACUCAGCGUUUCAGACGGAAAGAAGAGGAAUCAUCUGAGCUGCUGAAAGUGACAAAAGAAGAAUUUGUUCGGUUCUAUAAAGAAUAUAUCAUCAAAAAUGAACGGCGAAUAUUUGUCGCUGUCGAGGGUUGCUCCAAGCAUACACAAGCGAAUGGACUCUUCAAACACUUGCCUCUCGAAAACACAAUCAAAGACUACGAGCAAAUCUCAGACUUCGGAGCAAUGCCAUCAGCGUUUUAUUGA